AUAAGUAAUGAGAUUCAUAGUGUUAUGUGGAUUCUUUGUUGCUGUCAUGGCUCAGCGCCAUAAUCAGCAGCAACAUCAGCAACAACAACCUCAACAAUAUAACAAUAAUAACAAUAUUAAUGAGAAUGAUAACAAAUAUAAGCAUAUUCCUAUUGUGUCGCAUCAACAGAACUUGGAAUAUGAUGGUAGAUUCAAUUAUGCAUUCGAGACUGGUGAUGGUACAAAAGUUGAACAAAGUGGAGCUUUGAAGACAAGCUCAUUCGAUCCAAAGAGUGCUGGUGAAGCUGUUGAGGGAUCAUACUCAUAUAUUGGUGAUGAUGGUCAAACCUACUCAAUCUCAUACAGAGCUGAUGAAAAUGGAUAUCAAGCUUUUGGUGCCAACUUACCAACUCCACCACCAAUCCCACCUGAAAUCGCCAAGGCUGUUGAAUAUCUUAAGUCUCUUCCUCCUCAUAAGGACAACCAAUAAGAGGAUUUGAAGCUGUUUUUAUUUUUUACUACAUACUCAUCAAGCUACUACAUCAUCUACG